CAUUCUCGCUGGUCGGGGUUGAAUGCAAAACCUUAGUGAAAUAAAAAGCUGUAAAAAUGUAUGUUAAAUAGUGAAAAAUAUCAAUGAAAGCAAUAUGCAAACGUUAAAAAGUGUUCAUAUAUUGCUUUGUAAGUUAGACAAUUAAAUGCAAAGCUAUGUGCAACAGUGGAAACGGCGUCGACUCCACCCAGCGCACCGCUUGCAACAAAUACCUAUGAAUGUGCUGCACACACACACACGCAUACAAAGAAAAACACAUACAUGUAUAUGCAUAUAGGAAAAACCUGCUGUAAUUACAGUUAGACAGUAAAAUAUCCAGCGCGGUCAGUUAAUUAGGCUACAAAGCGUGUUUCAGGUGUUGACGCCCACACACGGACGCCAACAAUUGCAAUUUUUUUUGUUAAUUAGCAAUGGAAAACGAAUCCGUUAAAUCGGAACACAGUGGACGCUCGCGACGCUCUCGCAAUCACAAUAACAAUAGUGGGGGAGGGGGAGGAGGUGGUGGCGGUGGUAGUGGUGGCGGCGCCGUUAACAACGGUUAUCAUAGAGAUCGUUCAAGGCACUCGCAUCGAAGCACCCAUUCGUCGAAAUCGGGCAAAGGACGCAACGAUAUGGCGCCCUAUCAAACAAGUGUUAAUAUGACAGGUGACGAUUCGCGCGAUGGCCAGGAGGUAAUUGAGGUGCAAAUAUUGCCCCAGGAUGAGAAUUGGGGUGAGAAUACAACGGCUGUCACGGGCAAUACAUCGGAGCAAAGCAUUUCCAUGGAGGACAUCAACAAUAUGUGGCAUAGAGAAAAUGAUAAGGGAUUUGGCUUCGCUUGCCGUCGCUAUGUGGAAUCAACAUUCUACUUCCUGCUCGGCUGUGCUGCAUUCUUCUCACCCGUCGCAAUGGUCGUAAUGCCAUAUAUUGGCUUCUUUCCAUCGGCCUUCGAUCAUCCGGAACUGACGCAAACUGUGCGCACACAGCUGCUCGCUUGUAGUGAGCAAUGCAAGGGCCAGCUCGUCUCGCUGGCUGCCCGAUUGCUGCUGCUGGCAAUCGGACUGUGGGCCUUGUUUAUGCGUCGGACAACGGCCAGCAUGCCACGUAUCUUUCUGUAUCGUGCAAUUGUGCUGCUCCUGGUCACCAUUUGUACCUUUGCCUAUUGGCUCUUCUACAUUGUGCAGGUCACAAAUGGUGCAAAGAUUGUGGUGGAAACUGGCGGCGAUGCUGUGGACUAUAAAUCGCUCGUUGGCUAUGCGACCAACUUUGUGGAUACGCUGCUCUUUAUACACUAUGUGGCUGUUGUUCUGCUGGAGCUUCGUCAUCAGCAGCCAUGUUAUUAUGUUAAGAUUAUUCGUUCUCCAGAUGGCAUCUCACGCUCGUAUAUGUUUGGCCAGCUGAGCAUUCAACGUGCUGCGGUUUGGGUGCUGCAGCAUUACUAUGUGGACUUUCCCAUCUUCAAUCCGUAUCUGGAACGCAUACCCAUAUCAAUAUCAAAGUCUCAACGUAACAAAAUCUCGAAUAGUUUCAAAUAUUACGAAGUCGAUGGAGUUAGCAACUCCCAGCAGCAAAGUCAAAGUCGAGCAGUUCUGGCGGCCAAUGCAAGACGUCGCGAUUCUUCGCACAAUGAACGCUUUUACGAGGAGCAUGAGUACGAGCGGAGGGUUAAGAAGCGACGUGCUCGACUUAUUACAGCCGCCGAGGAGGCCUUCACGCACAUCAAACGCAUACACAACGAACCAGCUCCCGCUCUACCACUCGAUCCCCAAGAGGCAGCACAGGCGGUGUUUCCCUCGAUGGCUCGCGCUCUGCAGAAAUAUUUGCGUGUCACGCGACAGCAGCCAAGGCAUACCUUUGAGAGCAUACUCAAGCACCUGGCGCACUGCCUCAAACACGACUUAUCACCCCGCGCCUUCUUGGAGCCCUACCUAACCGAAUCGCCAGUCAUGCAGAGCGAAAAGGAGCGUCGUUGGGUGCAAUCGUGGUCAUUGAUUUGCGAUGACAUCGUCUCACGUCCCAUUAACAACGAGUGCACAUUCCAGUUGAUACAGAACGAUGUCUCCUUGAUGGUCACAGUGCACAAGCUGCCCCACUUCAAUUUAGCUGAGGAGGUAGUCGAUCCCAAGAGCAAUAAGUUUGUUUUGAAACUCAAUUCAGAGACAUCUGUAUGACACCAACCACAUCAUCAUCAUCAACUGCACCAGCAGCAGCAGCAGCAAAGGACUCCUCCUUUGAUUACGCCCACGCACAGCAAUCAAACGCAAUCAUCAUAUUUGCAUGUGUUUGUCUGAUACUCUAUAUCCAUAUACAGAUAUUCAUAGUUGCAAAACCGUGGAAUCUUGAUUAAGAUUUUAUAUAAUUUUAGCAUUUAGACUGCUGCUGCUGCUAAUAUUUAUAGUUUUAUAUAAGAAAGUUAGGAUUU